AUGGCCCUCCAGGACCCGGGCGAGGGCGGCGGCGGCGGCGGCGCGGUGCUGCCCAUCAGCGAGAUGCUGGCGGCGCCCGCCGCCCCGGGGCCCCGCGCGCCGUCGCCCUUCCCCGAGGUGGUGGAGCUGAACGUGGGCGGCCAGGUGUACGUGACCAAGCACUCGACGCUGCUCAGCGUCCCGGACAGCACGCUGGCCUGCAUGUUCGCGCCCGCCAGCCCCCGGGUCGGCGCCCGCCGGAGGGCCGAGCUGCCCCGGGACAGCCGCGCGCGCUUCUUCAUCGACCGCGACGGCUUCCUGUUCAGGUACGUGCUGGACUACCUGCGCGACAAGCAGCUGGCGCUGCCCGAGCACUUCCCCGAGAAGGAGCGGCUGCUGCGCGAGGCCGAGUACUUCCAGCUGGCCGACCUGGUCAAGCUGCUGGCGCCCAAGGUCACCAGGCGGGGCUCGCUCCACGACGAGGGCUGCCAGAGCGACCUGGAGGACAGCGGCUCCCAGGGCAGCGGCGACGCGCUCCUGCAGCGAGGGGCGGCGGGGGCGCCCUCGGGGGGCGGGGGCGGGGGCCCGGGCCCGGGCCCGGCGGGGGCGGGGGCGGGGGCGGGGGCGGCGGGGGGCCGGCGCUCGGGCUUCCUGACGCUCGGCUACCGCGGCUCCUCCGCCGCCGCGCGGGAGCUCCAGGCCGACGCCCGGUUCCGGCGCGUGGCGCGCAUCCUGGUGUGCGGGCGCAUCGCGCUGGCCAAGGAGGUCUUCGGGGACACGCUCAACGAGAGCCGCGACCCCGACCGGCCGCCCGAGAAGUACACGUCCCGCUUCUACCUCAAGUUCACCCACCUGGAGCAGGCGUUCGACCGCCUGUCCGAGGCCGGCUUCCACAUGGUGGCGUGCAACUCCUCGGGCAGCGCCGCCGCCGCCAGCCAGUACCGCGACGACAAGGUCUGGAGCAGCUACACCGAGUACAUCUUUUUCCGACCACCUCAGAAAAUAGUGUCCCCCAAACAAGAACAUGAAGAUAGGAAACACGACAAAGUGACAGAUAAAGGAAGUGAAAGUGGGACUUCCUGUAAUGAGCUCUCCACUUCCAGCUGUGACAGCCACUCAGAGGCGAGCACUCCGCAGGACAACCCACCCAGUGCCCAGCAAGCCACAGCUCACCAACCCAACACCUUGACAUUGGAUCGCCCUUCCAAAAAAGCACCUGUGCAGUGGAUGCCCCCGCCAGACAAACGCAGAAACAGUGAACUCUUUCAGACGCUCAUCAGCAAGUCCCGGGAAACAAAUCUAUCCAAAAAGAAAGUCUGUGAGAAGCUUAGUGUGGAAGAAGAAAUGAAAAAGUGUAUUCAGGAUUUUAAAAAAAUCCACAUUCCAGAUUAUUUCCCAGAGCGCAAACGCCAGUGGCAAUCGGAACUGCUGCAGAAGUAUGGGUUAUAGUAAUUGUCGCGUUCCUGCGGUAUGUCGAUGACAUUCGAUGUUUACUACAGUGUCACCACCUGACUAUAUCCUAACGGUGGUCAGUGUGAUUCCUUGCUGCUCUUUCUUUUUGUGAACAGUGGAUGUGGGACAGUAUUUUCUUUCUCUCCUUUUUUUUUUUUUUUUUGGUUGUUGUUGUUGUUUUAGAAAUAUGAUUUUGAAGGAGAAAAAUAAGUGUUUAAUCAAAAUGGCAUAUCUGACUCAAACCAUUUUUGCAAGAAUGAAAGUAAAAUGUGCAUGAUUAAGAAGCUUCAAAUCUUGAUUUUUGAACUGUGGUCAACUGGAUAUGUUUGUCAUUUCGUGACUCACCAAAAACAAACCAUCCUAUCACUCCGACUAAAAUGACAAUAUGGGUGAAGCAACAUCAAGUAAAAUGUUAGAUGAUGGUUUUGGGACCCCAGUCCAAAACUGUUUAAAUGUUAAUGCAAUAAAACAAGUAUUAUUUUUGCAUGAACACAAUGUAACAAAUAAAUCACAAGACGUAGGGAAGAUCUGUUUGUUGCUUGGGAAGAAAAUAUUACAAAAAAUAAAAAUAAAAAAAUGUUUCAGGCAAAGCCUAUAAAUGUAAACUGUCUAGGAGGUUGAUCUUAUUUGUUCUGGAUCUGUGAUAUUUUUGUGUAUGUGUACGGUGUUCUGUAUGUUAAGAUGGUGUAAAUAUGCCUUAUGCUGUUGUGUUAUGGCGCUGACAUUCAUAUUAAUGCUAGUCAUGAUUAUUUCUGUGAAAUGAGUCCUUACAUCAGGCUGUGAAAAUUGGUAUAAUGAUCCUCUGAAAGAUCCUAUUAUCAUGUUAAUCAAAAUAAUCGAGGGAAGUGGUAAAGAGCUUUAUGUAUUUAUUAAAAAAAGGAAAAUAUAUUAGAAUUCCUUGA